UUUGUUUCCAAUGAAUCAAUGAAUCACUAAAUUAUUUGUUGUUCACUAAAGACUUUCUCUUUUCCUCUUGUUCAAUCAAUCAUUCUGCUUCUAAAAUAAUUCUAUUGGUUUUUGGAACAAAAAAAAAAUGACAUCGAUUCUUUCGAUUGAUCGGAAUCAUAAUCGAUUACUAUCGAUAUUAUCGAUAGUAAUGAUUGUUUCGAUAUUGUUAUUCCAUUCAUCAUCCGCUGCUAUUCCGAAUAAACAAUUAAAAGCAUGGGGUGGUAUAUCUUCCACUGAUCAAUUACGUAAUUCGAAUGAACAAAAUGAUGAUAAUGUUGGAUCCUCAUCAUCAUCAUCAACGACGACGACGACGACGACCACAAAUCUGGCUACAAACAAUAAUGAUGAUAAUAAUGAUGGUCAACAAUCGACAACACCAUCAAUGAAUCUUAAUUCUUCACAACCAUUAAUGUUAAAUGGUACAAUAUCACCACAGCCACCACAUUUAGUUGUUUCAGGUCGUUUAGUAAAACCUACAAUUGCACAACCAUUGUUUCAUUCAUCUGCAUCAUCCGCAUCAUCUUUGUUUCGUGCACCAAUUAAUAAUGCCACCACACUGAUGAGAGGACCAAGUGUUUAUUAUGGAACACCAUUAAUUUUAAAUCAUACAAUACCGAUACCACAUACACCAAGCCAUUGGCGUAUGUCAUCAUCAUCAUCAUCAUAUCAACAGCAGCCAUUAUAUCGACAACAAUUUACAGGAACGUCGAUGGUUAAUCAAACUCAACCACCAUCAUCAUCAUCAGUCGAUCAUACACAACAACAAUUUUGGUCAUCAUCAUCUUCGUCGUCGUCGACACCAAAUCAACCGAUGAUAACAAAUGUCGCUGAUACUAAUGUUGAUGAUAUUUCUGAACGAACUGUUGCCGAUGAAGCAAAUCAAACCGGAACCAAUGACGAAACAGGCAAUGUUGAUAAUAAUGAUAAUAAUGAUGGAACAUCACAUCGAUCAUUUUUCAGUGAUUUUGGUUCAUUUUUUGGUAAAGGUAAACAUUUAUUAGCCAAAGAAGAUGAAUACGUUGAAGAUGAAUAUGAAGAAGAAAAAAAGAUAAAAUUACCACCUAAAAAACUUUUGGGAAAAUUGGGUGGUAAAAAAGAUGAAAGCAAAAAACUUUUAGCCAUACCGGUUCAAGAAUCAGAAUAUGAAACUGUUGCACAACCUGUUGUCGAAGUAAAACCGGUUAAAAAAUUGAAAAUUAAAAAACCCAAAAUACAACCUGUUGCCGUAGCUGCUGAUGAAUAUGCUGCUGCUCCAGUACAACCAGUUGCAUCCGGUUAUGGUUAUGGUGCAGCACCACAAGCACAACCAUUAUUAAAUUCUGGUUAUGCACCGGCACCACCUAUGCCAUAUCCUGGCCAUUAUCGAAUCGAUUCACAACCAAAAGGAAAAUUUAUACCACAUUUUCGACAAAAUUCAACCGAAAACAUUAAUGAUAAUGGAUCGACAACUUUGAUUACAGAAAAUUCAGAUCCUAAUACCAACAUCAAUUCUACUCUUCUUGAAUCAAGAGAAACAUUGACCGGAGUACGUUCAACACCAACAUUUCGUAGCCAAAUAAUUCCAGGAUAUUUAGCACAAGAAGUAACUGGAAGUCAAUCAUAUUUGAAUUUUAGAAAUUCUUCCAUAUCAUCAACAAAUGCAACCAAAGUUGAUGAUCGUAAUAAAUAUAAUCUAUAUUCGGCCGGUGUACCGCAAGCAUCAGUUCUUGCAUAUUCUCCUCCUCUUCCUUCAUAUUCUUCUCCACCAGCAUCAUCAUAUGCCGGAUAUCCACCACCAGCUCAAUAUCCUUAUGCAUAUCCGGCUGCUCCUGUUUAUUCACCUGCACCACCUGUUUAUUCACCGCCAGCUGCUCCUGCUGCUGUACCAACUUUAGGUUAUACACAAGUUUUAAACCAAGUAUUGGAUUAUUAUCCAUCGGCAGCAUCAUCAUCAGUUUAUCAAAAUAAUAAUUAUUCCAGCCAAUAUGAUUAUUCAAUGCCUGUUGCUGUUGUCAAUGUAUUCUGUUCGGAUCCACAUUAUCCAUGUUCAUGUACAAUAUAUUUGACCGAAAUUAAUUCAUAUAAUAUGCUUAUAUCGGGUGUUUGUUCCGGUUUGCCUAAAGAUUCUAAAUUUAUGAUGAAUUUAUAUCCAUCUGGUGAUAUUACAGCUGGUUGUAAUGCACUUGGCGGAUAUAGUUCGAUUGGUUAUCGUAAUCCUGCUGCUCCAAUCAUUGAAUUAGGUGCCGUUAAAAGUGAUUAUCAAGGUGUUGCUUUCGUAAACAAAUUGAAACAUGCAUCAAUCGGUGUAACAUGUGAUAAAUAUGGCUAUAAAGAUUCAAUAUUAGGUCGUGCAGUUGGCCUAGUUCAAAUGGCAAUUCCAGUUGCAGUUCCGGUUCCAUAUGUAGCACCAACACCAUCAGUCUAUCGACGAAGUGCAGGAGGAUAUUCUCAACCACAGUUACCACUUGUUGGUGUUAGUAGUGGUUAUGGUGGCGUUCAAUCACCACUUGUUCUUCCGACUUAUACAAAUUCUGGUAAAAUAGCCGCUUGUGGUGUAAUUGGUUUGGCCGGUAAAGAUAAUAGCUAUGAAACUCGUGAAUUAAAAUCCAAAUUAAUUGCCAAUGCUAAACAUGAAUAGAAUGAAUGACCAGCAUAAUUAACAGUUUUUUUUCUUCAUUACCAUCAUGAUGAUAAUUGAAUAAUUGUGAAAACAACAACAACAACA